AUGGAGCCCAGGGAGUCGGGGAAGGCGCCUGUGACGUUUGAUGACAUCACGGUGUAUUUGCUUCAGGAGGAGUGGAUGCUGCUGAGUCAGCAACAGAAGGAGAUCUAUGGUUCUGACGAGCUGGUGGCACCACUGGGACCAACUAUUGCCAACCCAGAGCUGUUCUAUAAAUUUGAGCGAGGGCCAGAGCAGUGGCUAGCCAAUGUCCAGGGCCAGAGGAGUCUCUUGAGCCUCCACCGAGGAAAAAACAAGAUGGGCUUCAUGGAAGAAAUGGACAUGCAAAGUCCCACCAGAGAAGCUGGACUCUACCUGCCUCCUCAGCAGAAAGCCUGUCCUUCCCAUUUCAGCUCAGAGGGUGGCAGCAUCCAGGGAGACUGCACAGGAAGAAGCAGAAAACCGUUGAGACCCCGGUCCAUCCAGAAGGUGUGGUUUGCGCAGUUCCCGUGGUUGGUCAUGAAUGAGGAGCGGACGGCUCUCUUUUGCUCUGCUUGCCGGGAGUACCCAUCCGUCAGAGACAAACGGUCAAGGUUAAUAGAAGGUUACACAGGACCAUUCAAGGUGGAGACUCUCAAAUACCACGCCAAGAGCAAGGCCCAUGUGCUCUGUGUCAAGGCCUUGGCAGCUCGGGACCCCAGUUGGGCAGCCCGUUUCCGGAGCAUCCACGAUGUGUCUAGAGACAUACUGGCCAGUCCGGGGCACCUCUUCACUGCAGAUUAUCCCAUGUGUUACCCCCCAGGGCCUCUGGGGGUCUGUGAUCACAUGGCCCAGCUCCUGCCCAGCUCAAGAGCUGCACUGGAGGACCCUGGAGGGAGUGGAGCAAUUCCUGCAUUGUACCUAGACUGCAUUCCUGAUUUCAGGCAAAAAGAAAUUGCUGAUGACAUCCACAGCUCCUCAGACGUUAACGUUUUGUGUAAUGACUCAGCUGAGCCCCGUGGCCAGGAUCCUUCUGAAGAGGGGCUGUUUGAGGAGGUUCCCGUGGUGUUUGAGGAUGUGGCGGUGUAUUUCACCCGGGAGGAGUGGGGCACGCUAGACAAGCGGCAGAAGGAGCUGUACAGAGACGUGAUGCGGAUGAAUUAUGAGCUGUUGGCAUCCCUGGGGCCUGCUGCUGCCAAACCAGACUUGAUCUCAAAACUGGAGCGGAGAGCUGCACCCUGGAUCAAGGACCCAAACGGGCCAAAGUGGGGGAAAGGCCGUCCUCCAGGGAAGAAGACGACGGUGGCCAUUAGAGAGGCGCACACACAGGCCUCGGCUGUAGAAUCUGCCCUGCUCCCGGCUCCUGCCAUGGAGACGCGCACCUCCUACUGCAAUCCCAGCCUCUGUGAAGUAGAAGCAGAUGGACGGAGGAAAGUCAAGAGGACUUACAGACCCCGCUCAAUUCAGAGGUCGUGGUUUGGGCAGUUCCCGUGGUUAGUAAUUGACCCCAGGGAGACCAAGCUCUUCUGCUCAGCUUGCAGAGAAAGACCUAGUCUCCACGACAGAUCAUCCCGGUUAGUCCGAGGUUACACGGGUCCUUUUAAAGUGGAGACUCUAAAGUACCAUGAAGUCAGCAAAGCACACAAGCUCUGUGUCAACACCCUGGAAGUCAAGGAAGACACCCCGCAGGCCGCCCUCGUCCCCGAGAUCUCCAGUGACCUGAUGGCCGACAUGGAGCACUUUUUCAAUGCCGCCUAUUCCAUCGCGUACCACUCGAGGCCCCUGAACGACUUUGAGAAGAUCCUGCAACUCCUCCAAAGCACCGGGACCGUGAUUUUGGGCAAGUACCGAAAUCGCACCGCCUGCACCCAGUUCAUCAAAUACAUCUCCGAGACUCUGAAAAAGGAGAUCCUUGAGGAUGUCCGGAGCUCCCCGUGUGUGGGCGUGUUGCUGGACAGCGCCACAGACGCCUCCGACCAGUCCUGUGUGGGCAUUUACAUCCGCUACUUUAAGGGGAUGGAGGUGAAGGAGUCUUACAUCACUCUGGCCCCACUCUGCAGCGAGACGGUGGAUGGAUACUUUGAGACCAUCAUCUCUGCCCUGGACGAACUGGACAUCCCCUUCCGGAAGCCUGGCUGGGUAGUGGGCCUGGGAACCGAUGGCUCAACCAUGCUGAGCUGCAGAGGAGGUCUGGUGGAGAAGCUCCGGGAGAUCGUCCCCCAGCUGCUGCCGGUGCAUUGUGUGGCCCACCGGCUACACCUGGCCGUGGUUGACGCCUGUGGAGGCAUCGACCUGGUCAGGAAGUGUGACCGGCACAUCCGAACCGUCUUCAAGUUCUAUCAGUCCUCGAACAAAAGGCUGAAUGAGCUGCAGGAAGGCGCGGCCCCACUGGAGCAGGAAAUCAUCCGCCUGAAGGACCUGAACGCUGUCAGGUGGGUGGCCAGCAAGAGGCGCACGCUGAGCGCGCUCAUCGUGAGCUGGCCUGCCCUGGCCAGGCACCUGCAGAGCAUGGCGGAAGCAGGUGGCCAGGUCGGGCACAGGGCCAAGGGCGUGCUGAAGCUGAUGAAGGGCUUCCAUUUCGUCAAGUUCUGCCACUUCCUCUUGGACUUCCUGAGCAUCUACAGGCCUUUGUCCGAAGUGUGCCAGAAGGAGAUCGUGCUGAUUACGGAGGUGAACGCCACGCUGGGACGGGCCUAUGUAGCACUGGAGACCCUCCGUCACCAGGCAGGACCCAAAGAGGAAGAGUUCAAUGCUGGCUUCAGGGAUGGGCGGCUCCACGGCAUCUUCUUGGACAGAAUGGAGAUGGCAGAACAGCGGUUCCAGGCGGACAGGGAGAGAAUGAUCCUGACUGGGAUUGAAUACCUCCAGCAAAGGUUUGACGUGGACCGUCCCCCGCAGCUCAAGAACAUGGAGGUGUUUGACGCCAUGGCCUGGCCAAGUGGGAUGGAACUGGCCGGUUUUGGGAAUGAUGAUAUUCUUGCCCUGGCCAGAUAUUUUGAGCUCUCACUGCCCCCAGGAUACAGUGAGGAAGCACUGCUGGAGGAGUGGCUGGGCCUGAAAGCCAUCGCCAAGAACUUGCCAUUCUCCAUGCUGUGCAGGAACGCCCUGGCCCAGGACUGCCGCUUCCCCUUGCUCAGCAGGCUCGUGGCAGUGGUGGUCUGUGUGCCCGUCUCCACCUCCUGCUGUGAGCGCGGAUUCAGUGCCAUGAACCGGAUCAGGACCGAUGAGAGGACCAAGCUCUCCAACGAGGUGAUCAACAUGCUCAUGAUGACAGCGGUGAAUGGUGUGGCGGUCACAGAGUACAACCCCCAGCCCGCCAUCCAGCACUGGUACCUGACCUCCUCAGGUCGGCGUUUCAGCCACGUCUACACCUGUGCCCGAGUGCCACCCCGCUCCCACACAAGGGCGGGGCUCAGGAAGCAGAAGAUGGGAGCGCUCCGCGUGGAGGAGGCCGUGACCCAGAAGCCGCCCAUCCCGUCCUACAGGGAACCCGUGGAGGUCCUGACGGACUGCGUCCUAGAGCCGCGCCACAGACUCCUGUGUCCCCACCCCAGCCAAGAGGCCCUGGGCUGUCCUGAUAAAGCGCUCCUGUAA